AUGCAGUACUCCAAGUCUCUCACUCUCUCGCUCGUCGCGGGGGCAUUUGCCCAGUCAUGUAAUUUACAAUUUGACUGUCGAGUCCCAGUCGGAACUGAGGUCGAAGAAUUCGAUGUCACCAAUCCUCUAUUCAAUUCCAAAGCCGUAAUAGGCGCAGGCUUGACUUUCAGCCGUGUCCUCCAAGCGUCUGACGGAGCUAGUUCGCCCUUUGAUGGCAACGAAAACAUUGCCCUCGCGGUCGCCAUCAAUGACCAGUCUAUUUUCGACGGCCAGACGAGCUUCCGACGUACCGAGCUGAUUCCGUCCAGCAACGUGGGAGUAGACGCAUCCACUCUCGGGAUCAAGACCCUCCAUUUCAGUGUUCAGAAGGAUGAGCAGCGGCCCCUUAACCUCUCGCAUGAAUACCAAUUGGUGUUCCUCGAGAGCAAUGACUUGACCACCAACCAAAUUGUUCUUAAGACCGGGACCAUCUUGGGUGGUGUCGCCAAUGUAGACCCGGAUACCCUGACGCUCUUCGGAAACGUCAACACCAAGCCGGCGCCACCCGUCCUUUUCAGCACCCCCUUUACUGAAUAUACCAUCCACAACUUUGCCGUCACUAUGGACUUCAACACAAACACAGUCCAGGUAUUUUACUCUACCGAUGACAAUGAUUUGGAGGCACAGGGCGCCGCUCAGCCCAACAUCAUCGUCGGCCAAGGACAGUACCAUUUCGGUCUUCUGAAGAAGCCCGUCGGUGGCGUGGGUGAUAUAACCAAGAACGGCUUCCAGCCCUCGGGUAUCGACGAGGCUGUUCUCUACAGCGGUAUCUUCCAGGAGGACAGUGUGGAGGGUUGCAUCAGCCUGGCACCGUAA